UUUUUUUCUUCAGUAUCUUCUAAACGUUUUGCCAAAUGGCCGAUGUUUUUGUAAUUUUGCGAAUAAUUUUCAUUUGUGGCGCAUUAGCUUCGGCCCAGAAAUGUACACCUACCUUUCAGAAUGCACUGGUUACAGUCUCAGGUAGUGUACCUAUUUUCACGAGGCGAGUGAGUGGCUGUAUCAAUUCCAAGAGUUUGGGAGUCCGAAACAAUAAUCGCAUCACCAUCGAAGUCAGAAAUCAAGCCAUCGAUGCACUGAAUAGGGCCGCCGUUUCCGACAUUCAGGUUGAGGAGCUACAUAUCAUUCAUAAUCAUAUCCAAAUGAUAAAGGAAGGGGCUUUCCUUAACUUGCCCAUACUCCGCAUGCUGUAUUUGGACAACAAUCACCUUACAUCACUGGAACGUUACUCUUUUGAAGGCCUACCGUCGCUUAGAGGAAUCUACUUACGCCACAACAGUAUCAACGCAAUAUUCGCGAAUACCUUCGUAAACCUACCAAGCCUUUCGAUGCUUUUUUUGGAUAAUAACAACUUGAAGACCUUCAAUCAAAACUGGUUCUCGUCCACGCCAGAACUGAAGUGGUUACUUUUAGACGACAACCAAAUCACCUUCAUCGGGAUGGCCGCCUUUCAAGAUUUACCGUCUCUGGAAAGUCUAGGCUUUGAAGGUAAUAAACUAAGUCACAUUCAUCCCGAUGCUUUUCACGGAUUGCCUCAAUUAAGUGAACUCAUCCUUGGUUGGGAAUAAACCAGAACAGGUUCACCCACAUUCCCAUAUCAGUGUUUGAUGUUGUUCGUAAUUCCUUAAAGGAGAUAUGGAUCUACUC